AGUUCAAACGCACCCCCGCUUUUAUCACAGAAAUGUAUGUGACAAAUUACGUGUAGUAAUAAUAAAACAAUUAUUUUUUAUAAUCAUUCAUUCUCUAUUUAAUAUCUGUUUUCUAUUCUAUUCUUCGACUAUUUACCUAGUAUUUGUAUUAAUUCUGUGAUUCUACUAUCUAUAUUUUCAUAAAAAUUAUAUUUGUUUUUACAUUAGUGUUCUUAUACUCUUUUUAAUAGUAAAAAUUUAAAUUUUUCAAAAUUUAAAUAUUUUAUCAAUGUAUAGAUGGUAUAUUAAAUAUACUUGAAUUAAAUUGUGUAUUUUGUUAUAUUUCAUAAUUGUGAUAUGACUAGAAUUAUAAAUGUGGAUCAAUUUUUUCUAUGCUAAAUUGACAUAGUAUAAUAGUAAAAUGUUUAGAAUAGAAUCUUAUAUUACUUCAAUAAUUUUAAGUUAUAUUGAAAAAUAUGUUAAAAAUCUUAGACGUCAAGAUGCUCAGGUAUCCUUGUGGGAUGGUGAAGGUAUAUUCCAAAACUUGGAACUUGAUUUAGAGGUUUUAGAACAUGAAUUAAAUUUACCAGUUGUUUUAUUAAGUGGUCAUAUUAACCAAUUAGUAAUCCGAGUACCUUGGACUAAAUUAGGAUCAGAAGCUGUUAAAGUUACAAUUGAUACAAUUGAAUGUGUGUUAAAAAUAAAAACUUCAUACCAAAAUAAAGUUAAAACUCCGGAUAAAAGAGUAAAUAAAGCAGACUAUGAUAAAAUGCCUCCUCCUUCAUAUGUUCAGAGUUUAAUGAAUAAAAUAUUAGGAAAUCUGUCUAUAACUUGUAACAAUAUUAUUUUAAAAUAUAUUGAAGAUGAUAUUGUUCUUUCUAUGAAUAUUAAAUCAAUAACUUUUGAUUCCUGUAAUGAAAACUGGAUUCGUGAUAUAAUAGAAUUGACCCCAACUCAAUUAGUUCUUAGAAAAAUAAUUGAUUUUUCUGAUGUUACGAUUUGCUUGGACAGAAGAAAUGCUUCAGGGUGUAUUGAAACAUAUCUAGAGCCUAUAUUAUAUAAGUGUUCUAUAUCAAUCAGAUUAUAUCGUUUAUAUCAAUCAUCUCAUUCUGUACAGCCUUAUUUAACACAAAUAAGUAUAUUUUGCUCAAAAGUAGCACUUACUCUCACUGAACCACAGUUACCAAUGUUUUUGAGAUUAUUGAACAUUAUACUUGAAUUAAAUGAAAAUAGGUCAUCAGAAUCAAAUAAUUAUGCUGAUGAAGAUUUAUCCAAAAGAAGCUCAAGUAGUUGUAGCUCAAUUUCAGAAUCAUUUUCAAAUGAUAAUGAUGGUUGGCUAGAUUGGAUGUGGAGUUGGGUACCCAAUGUUAAUUUGAUCAGUGGAAAUAUUAGUGAUAUUCCUUUGACAUCUAAUUUACCUAUAAAUGGUCAUACAUUAAAUACAGGACUAUUUAUAGAAACAUUGUUAUUUAUUUUUAAAAUAAAAUCAUCUAAUAAAAAAAAUGACUUCCGUCCAAUAAUACAGUUUACCAUGAAUGGUAUUUCUUUAGAAGGUAUAUCUCACCUAUCAGAUUGGAUAAAUAUUCAGAUGGGCAUUAGUAAAUGUAAUGUGGAAUCUCUAGGAGUUUGUACAUGUGGAGCUCAAGACUGUUAUACGAAUACAUAUUUAUUAUCAGGUUUAAUCCAGAAAUCAUAUUUAUCAAAUUCAUUGUUCUCUGAAAAUAUUACAAAUAACUUUAUACAUGAUUCAAGCAUAUUUUCAUUUGAUCAUCAUUUAAGUAAUUACAGUGAAGCAAUACUUUUAGAAAAAUCUCCAGCUCUUUCAAUUGAUUAUGUGUCUACUCAAAUUUAUCAUUCACAACAAAAUAUUGUUGAUGAUAAUGAUGAUGUUAUGAAUAAUUUUUUAUAUGAAGAGAAAUGUUUACUUAGAUUUGUGGCUGGACCAAGUAUUAUGAAUAUUUCUUCAGGACUUAUUCAUAGAAUUGAGUUUAUUAAUAACCUAAUACUUAGCUAUGAUUCAGUUUUGUUUACAACUCAACCUCAAUCUUUACCAAAAAAUUUAUAUGAAAAACAAAAUAACUUACUAAAAUCUAAUGUUGAACUUAUGGUAUAUCAAAUAACAAUAUUUAAUCCAGUCUUAAAAAUUUAUCCUGCAUGCCACAUUCCAUUAUACUCCCAAAAAUAUAGAAAAAAUCAAAAAACAUGUACAAUGCAGCUUGAUCCACUUUUUGAAAAUCCACCAGUUGCCAUAAUUGAGUUAAAAGUUAUUGAUUGUCGUAUUGUUACACCUAAAAAUAGAUUAACUUGGUCAAACUUACCGUCUUCUGUUGUUAAUGAUUUAUCAGAAAAUAUAAAAUUAGAGUUAAAAAAUCGAACCAUCAUUCGGAUUAAAGAAUUAUUGUUGAAAAUAGAACUUUUUAAAUCAAUUUAUAGAUUGGUAAAAAUAAAUAAUAUAAUGUAUAAUAUAACUUUUGAUUGUUAUGAACCUUAUAGCUCUGAUAACAUUUUAGAUACAGAUAUGGUAACUAUUUCUACAUCCAAAGAAAAUUGUUUAAUUAUAUAUUACAUUAUAAGUUCUUUAAUAAUGUCAAACCAUAGGCGUCUUCUACAUGCUAUAAAUUACAUUUUCACAUCAACCUUAAUGGUGGAUGCACCAGGUGUUAAUAUAUUAAAAGUGAUGUUAGAGGGAAUUAAAGUAUUAUAUAAGUUGGAAAAUAAAAUUUCUUACACUAAGAUAACACUUAAUAACUGUGCUACAAAAAUAAUUAACCACAAAACCACAAACCAUGAUAUUGAAGAAAGUACUGUUAUAUUAUCAACUUUUAAAAUUGAGGAUAAGGAUUUACCUUUUUUACAAAUUAUUUUUCAAAAUCCUCAUGAAAGUGUUAUUACUUCUGCAAUUCCAUUAAUAUUUUUGAAAAUUGGUCAACUGGAUAUGAAUUUUGAUCCAUUAUUUUUUGAUUGGUUAAUUUACAUGCCAAAAAAGAGUAUAAAAAAAGAAAUUUUUAAGAAAACAUCGUCAGCUUCUGAUUUAGCAUUUUUUAGUGUUUCGAGUAGAAAAAUAUCUGAAACUAGUAUUAACAGUGAUCAUAGAAUGAAAACACCUAAAACUUCUAUUCAAAGUAGUAUUUCUGAGAAUGUAUCUUUUCAGUCUGCUAAAUAUCUACAUAUAAAAAGCAAGUCAAAAGAAAUGGGUAUUGUUCAUUUAUACAAUAAAUGGAAAUCAUUAAUAAUGAUUGCUGACGCAUCAAAAAUUACGCUGUAUUUUCCCAGUAAAACAUUAUCUACAAUAGAAAAAAAUUCUAGCAGUAAAAAUCAUGAAUUGUAUCAUUUACUUCAAAAAGCCAUAAAUAUUGGAGAUGAGUUAGUUGUGCUCAGGGUAAUGUCUAUAUCAUUGAAGUGUGCAAUCCUUAAACAACAAGUUGAACAAUAUUUAAAUAUGUGUCCAAUAAAAUGUCCUGAAAAUAUUUGGUCAAAUGAUGGUGUAUAUUUUCCAUGGCAAAUGAAUUUAUGUAACUUAGAGAUGUUUACUGUACAUAAUUCUUAUGAACUACCAUUUAAUAAAUCACAACAAAAAAUACAACUUCUUCAACCAUUUAAUGCUCAGUGUACUUUGGCUAUAACCAUACAAUAUCAUAAUAAUAACCCGGAAUUGUUAAAAAGUCUUGCAGCUUGUAUUCAUUGUGAUUCUGAUCCUAUUCUACUGAAUAUUUCAGAACACCAAGUCUGUCUAAUUUCUUAUUUAUGUAAAAACAUAUUAAAUGUUUAUAAAGCAAUUUGUUCAAAUAUUCAAAAUGCAACUCUCUUUAAUUAUUCAGUAGCACAUGAAAUGUCAUCUAUACUAGAAAAUGAGACAGUUGAAAAUAAAUUACUUUCUCCAGGUAUAUCUGAAGAGCAUAUUAAACUAUCUGGCUGGUUUCAAUGGACAUUGGCUCGUUUAUCACUAACGAUUAGUAAUUAUCAUAAACAGUAUUGUUCAGAAAAUAUCAAGCUUGUAUUAGAGCUAGAAGAUGUUAUAAGUUCUCUUGACUUCGGAAUAUCUUAUCAUAAGUUGAAAUUAAAAAUUUCAUCAGCCUCAAUUCAACAUUUUAUGAAAAAUCAAAAAGAACAAUGGAAUCAUGGACCUUAUUUAGGAAUUAUUCUUAAAGGGUAUGAUUUAUUAAAUAUUUUAGAAAAUUCUUCUAAAACAGAUGGGUUUUUAAAUGUAACAAUAACACGAGCAUUAAAAAGUUCUUUUAAAAAAACUGAUUCAAAUAUGGAUAACACACAAUUUUUUAUGAUUAGUGAUGAUAUGUUAAAAUCAAAUCGGCAAGUAAUGAAAGAAUUUAUAAUGGAAAUAGUAAUAAAAGUUCAACCAAUUGAUAUUGUUUUAUCACCUAUUAUUAUUCAUAAAUUUCUAUGUGUCAUUGAUCCCCUUAUUGAUAUAGUACUUACUUAUAGUAAUUACAAAUAUUCCUCGAAUUCUUCAGAUGACAACCAAAAUUUAAGAUUUAAUAGACACUUACUUUCCUCUUAUUUACCAUUAUUUUACUUGGAUUUAUCAACUCUAAGAAUAUUUAUACCUAUUUCGUUUAUUAACACUGAAAUUCAACAUCAAGAUACAGUUGUAGUUCAAAUUGAUUCAAUUAAAGUUGAUCAAAAUCCUGAAAACCCUAUUACAAGAACACCAAUAAGAAAAGAUUUGUAUAUUGAAGCAGAAAAGAGAGGAUUUCUAUCUAUCCCAGGAUCAAUAAUGGAAGAUCGUCAAUAUCAAAUUAUGAUAAAUAAUAUUUCUUUAAAUUGUGGACUUUGGAUUGAUUUCAAACAAGUUUUAGAAAAUGAUCAGUUCUUAUCUUGUGUAGAUGUUGAUCAUCAUCUAAAUGCUGCUUUACUAUGGAACGAAGGAAUAAAACCAAAAUCUGUAGGCAGUUCAAAUUUUGAUGAUAUCUUUUAUUCAAAAUUAUCUAACAAUUUGUCAUUUCAUUCUAUUUUUGCUCCUGGUAUAUUUUAUGAACCAGAGAACACUUUGGUUUGUGGAAGUUGGAUAGAAAUAAAUGCAAAAACAGAAAUAAACUUGAUGCUAUCAAUAGAACAGUUGAACCUACUAAAUAUAAUUUUAUCUCAUUUUGAAUUAUUUAUUUUGAGUCAUUUAAAAAAUAAUAACACCAAUAGUGUACUCAUAGAAUCAACUAUUGCUGACAAUGUUACCCAAACAAAAGAUGAUUAUUUAAUUGCAAAUGAUUUUGAAUACAUCUCGGUUAAAGAUAAUAAAGCUAUUUCUAAAGAAAAACUUAUAAGUAAAAUGACUGAAAACAAAAUUCCAAUGGAUUUAAUUAUAACAAGCAAUCAAAUUAAUUUAAAUUUUUUUAAGAAUACUCUAAAAAAUGAAAUAAAGACAUCAGAGCCAUUGAUAUACAUAGUAUUUCACCAGCCUCAUGUAUUUUUUUCAAAUACAUAUAAUUACUCAUCAUGUCAAGUAAUACUUUUUGAUAUAGCUGUAUUUUUACCUCCAUCUAAUAAACUAUGUAAUGUUGAAGUACCUAACAUUCAUGAAUACUCUAUGAUAUUAUUUGAAACAAAAUCAAAUAUAGAUGAAGAAAUUCCUCAAGCGUUCUUUACAUUGAAAAUAGCAUGUCCAUCUACUGUGGGUCAAAAUAAAAUUGAUUUGAAUAUAGGAAGAGCUAUUUCUCUAUUUUUAAACAAGUACAUAAUUGAACAUGUAAACAAUCUAUUUAAUGGAAUAAAAGAAAAUUUAAACAAUUUCAUUGUACAGUCUAAUACAACAUAUAAUAUAAAUAAUGAUUUUACAAAGCCUAAUGAUUAUGAAAAUAUAGAAAUUCCUUCUACUGAUGAAUCAUCUACCAGUUAUCAAUAUGAUGUAAACAACUUAAAUUUAAAAAAAAAAGAAUAUGUAACCAUAAUAGGGGACUAUGAAAAUGAAUUAACCACAAAGCAAUUAUUUACUGAAUCUUCACAUACAAUAUCUCAAGAAAAUCAUUGGUAUUCAAAACCAAUUUUUUUUUCAUUAACAACUCAACAAAUAUUUAUACUACUAUCUACUUUGCAUAAUGAAAACAUUGCUCUUAGUAUUGAAAAUAUUAAAACAAAAUUAAAUUCAUUAUGGAAAAUUCCAUCUGAACGUUUAAAUAGUGAAGUAACAUUAAAUAGUGUUACCAUGUCUGUCGGACAUAACUGGCCAAAUUCAAAUACAAACAAUCUUGUGUUAUACCCAUGGACAGUAUCAAUGAAAAUAAAUUUAACAUCAGAUUCAUGGGUUCCUGAAUCUUAUAGACCAGCUAAAUUAAUAAAAAUGAAUUCUGAUUAUAUAUCAUUUCAUGUUUCUCCCAAUCACUGUGAUAUUCUGAAAUUGAUUCUUAAUGAAUUUAAGUUUUUGGUGAAUAAUGAACAAAAAGAAGAUAAUUAUAAGAAUAAAUCUACUGAAUCUUAUGAACAAUUUUAUCGAGAUGAUCUAAGAGCAGGAGCUUUUCAAUUUAUUGAAUGUGAAAGUCCAGAAUUUCCUUUGCCAUAUCAAAUUUUGUUAUCUGAAAAUGUAAAUAGUAAUCCUCCACGCAUAACAUGGAAAUAUCCACAACCUAGAACGUUGACAAAAAUUGAAAUACAGCCAAUUCCUACUGAAAUCAAAGAAGACAUAACACUUCAUUUACAGUGGUUUGAUGAAAUGGAGCAUAGUUUUAAAGAGUACAUCAGCUUUAUAUUUCCUAAAGAUGAACUAUUACUUCUAAGACUUGAUUCAUUAAAAUCUGUUUCAAAUGUAUGGCGUAUUACAUUAGAUAAUUCAUGCAUAUUUAAUUCUCCAAUUGAAAUGAAAUGUUUAAUUGGUUGUCUUCGAGUUGAUUCAUAUUUUUCUCCUACAUUAGUUUCAUAUGGGCAAUUCUCAUUUUAUUCAUCUUCAUUAAAAGUAAAUAUUUUGUAUAACUUACAAAAAAAAUGUUGUUUAUCUAAAUAUGAUUGUAUUUCAUAUGUCCCACAAAAACAUAAAUUAAUAUCACUAAUUUUGAAUCAAGCUAAUGUUGGCUUUAAACUUCGAGAAGGUGAAAUAAGUUCAUCAGCUCAAGCACAUAUAAAAAUUGAACUAUUAAAUUACGGAACAUUGACUCAGAUGUCUUUUAUAAAAUUGUAUUGUUCUUUCACAAGUCUUCAUUUAGCAAGGCCAAUACCAAACAUACAAUACAAUAUUCAAACAGGAAGUAUUAUAUGCCAACUAAGUCCAAGUAUGAUGAAUACUUUAAGAAUAACUAAAGAAUUAUGGGAAAAUAAUUUAUGCAGUAUUGCCAUACCUUAUGUUAUUUGUAAUGAUACCAAUUUUCCAAUUAUAUUUGGACAAUCAAAAACAAAUGAAGAAAUAAUAGUUGAUAGUUUUCAAUGUUAUCAUUACACAUGGUUUAUGCCUUUUAAAAAUCCACUUUUAAGAUUUGCUAUUGGGAAUGCAAAAAGUUUAUUUUGGAGUGAUGAUAUAAUUAUACGCCCUACCAUGGUAAUGUCAUUCACAUUGAAAAAGGAUGAUGGAAAAUCAUAUUCAUUAAUAUUAUCUAGUAAAUACACAUCUACAACAAUAAAAAUUGUUAUAUCCAGUCAACUUAAUAUUAUAAACAAGACACAUUAUUUCUUGGAUGCUCGAUUAACCAAAAUUAAACCAGUAGAAGAAAAAAUUAAUAUUCAACAAAGUUUAAUUAUAGAAACUUUACCACUGAAUCCUAAUAAUAUUUCACCAUCAAUGCCAUUACACGAAGAACUUAAGUUAACACUUAAACUACGGUUCUCUUCAGUCUCUGAAGGACCAUGGUCUGGACCUAUUCCUCUAUAUACUGUUGAAUUAUCAAAUAAAAAUAAACAUUUUUGGCUUGUUAAAAUUCCGAAAAAAGAAAAUACUAAACAAUUUAGGUGUGUAUGGUGUCGCUUAAUAAUUGAAUUUAUUGAUAAAAUACCACGCAUUUUAAUUUUAAUAAUGCCUAUGUAUAACAUUCGUUCAUAUUUGCCUUAUGACAUUUUGUUGAAUUUUGAAUCAAAUGAAAAUAUAUGUGAACCUAAAACUGUUGUACAAAUUAAAUCUGCUAUUGAUCAAAGUGACAUGCAACCUAUUGAUUUACCAGGCACAAUGAAAAAUACAUACGAUUUAACUAUUAAAUUAAAUGAAGAAUCUUCAGGGUCUAGUCCAUCAGUACCAAUAUCAUACUACAAUAAUACUGAAUGCAAAGAAUCAACGAAUGAUGUCUAUUUCACAAUAGAAGACAUUUUAAAUGGCAAAUGCAUAUCUAUAGAUACUGAGUUGAAAUGGCCAUUUAUUGGUAAGCAAUUUGAUGAUAUAAAGUGGAAACAAACUGAGGUACCAGAUACACAAACUACAGUCAAGGUUUUACCAUAUGGAUUUAUAGACCAUGAUGAUAGUUCAUCUCGAAUUAUUUUAAUACAACCUUGGGCUUUAAUAAUCAAUACUUCCGGGCAAGCAGUUUUGUUAUCAGAUUCUUUAAGUAUACUUUGUAGCUUAGAAAACUACUGUGUUGUCGCUCCUCCUUUGAUAGAAAGUACAUUUUACAUAGAUAUAAGUAUUGAUGGUUCAAUAAAUCGCUCCCAACCUCUACAAUUGUCUAAAAAUACAUCAUUUUCUAUACCACAUGUUAAAGGGUUAAUUCCUGUAAAUGGAAAUACAUCUGUUGUUAUUAAUGGUCAAAAUUCUAUUGGUUAUUUGAAUAUCAGCUCAAUAGAACACAAUGAAAUAAGAAUCGUUCAUAUUCAAAGUUUAUAUGUGGCCACGAAUCAUAGUAUAAUUGACAUAAAUAUUUUACCAGUGUGUGUUAAACCUGCUUUGGGUAAAUUAUUAAAUUUACCUGAAAGUAUGGAUACAAAUAUUAUUAGUCUACCCAAAAAUUAUUGUGAUCUAGGAAAACCAUUAACAUUAUGGGCUAAAAUCGAUAGUCAAAUUGUCAAUAAUGAAGAUCUUGUUCAAUAUAUAAUUUUAAUAUUUAAUGGAAAUUUUAGUUGUCCUAUCAAAAUAUCAGAAAUAAUGAAUGAAAAAUAUCCAAUGCCUGUACUAUUUUCAUCAUGUGAUUUAAAUCCAUUAAUAUGUGUUACAUUACAAAAACAAGAUAGUCAAUACUUUAUAACAAUUUAUAAUCAACCAUAUCCUCAGAUAAUAUUCUACAAUUAUUGUCAUAAUUCUUUAAAAUUUGCUGUUGCUAAAAAAAAUAAAAACAAAAUAAAAGAACCUGUUCUGUUCUCUGAAGAUUGGAAUUGGACGUUUACAGUGUCUUCAGGGAAAAAAGGUCACCUCUCAUUUCCAUACUCGAUGGAAAAUAAACAACUUCCAAAAAUAUUAAUUGGAAUCAAUAGGAAAUCUUUUAUAGGUUGGUUUAGUAAGUUAGAACUGCUUGUUUGUGAUAGUAGAUUAAUAACUGUACCCGGAGAAAAAAAUGACAUAAAAAUUACAAUUAAAAAAAAAGGAUUAACAUUGCAUGUUGUUCUAAAACCUGCUGCUCAGUUUGAAUUUUCUGCUAAUGAAGUUAGAUUAAGACUAGCAAAUUAUAAAAACUAUAGAGAUUUGACUUCAAAUGAUGAACUUUUAGAUUACUCAUGCUACAAUAAUGAUACUACCUUGUUAAGUUUUACACAAAAUGAGCCUUCCAUUAACCCUAAUAUUAUAUGGCCAUCGAUUAAAUGUUAUAUUCAUACAUUUAUAUUCACUUUAUUGAUUGAUGAUUUUGGAUUUAAUUCAAAACCUAUUACAGCUGUGACAUUAGACAACAUUGCAAUUACUUUAAAUGAAGUUAAUGAUUUGUCAAAAAAAGAAAUAGAUUUGACUAUUUCAAUUCUCAAUGUUCAAAUUGAUAAUCAUACAUUUUUGGACGGACACUAUGAUUUUCCUGUUAUAUUAGUAAAACAAAAAAAUUGUUCUGAAGAAAUAUACAUUAAUACUAAUUUUGAUAAACCACUAUCUCAAUUAAUAGAGGAUGUCAGGGCAUUAGAUUCAAAUAUUUAUAUUAAUUUGAUAUUGGUAAAAGCUAACAGUUUGGCUUUAGAUUUGUUGGAUUUAGAAGUACAUUUUUGCACUUUAGAAGCAUUUAUUGAAGAUCGUUUCUGUUAUUCUCUUCUAGAAAUAUUGAAAAAUUUCAGAUCAACACCAUCGCCAAAACAAAAAAUUUCUUUGCUUGAAGGUUUUAUUCCUCUACACAUAAUGUUAUUAGCUUAUUCUCAUGAGUUCCGUAAUCCAUUGGUGUUCAGAAAUUUUACCAUAAAACCAUUUAAAAUUCUGUUGAGUCUACAUACAUCAACCACUUUUUACGUUGCUCUUGAUCGUUCUCCUUUGGAAUUUGCUGAAUUUUCUAAAUCAAAUUUAAUUACUUCAUCAUAUCAACUUGGUCGAAGUUUAUCAUUACAUUACUUUUUAAAUGCAAUAUAUGGUACAGGAUGGGCCCUAGGGUCAUUAGAAUUUUGGGGUUCGCCUGGAGGUCUAGCAAGAUCUGUAGGAACGGGGUUAUAUGAUUUUGUAUCAUUAUCAGCUCAAGGAAUCACAGAAGGGCCUAAAGAAUUUUUUGUAGGUGUUUUAAGUGGUUCUGGAUCCUUAGUCAAACAUAUUACUACUGGAGCACUAACGUCAGUCACAAAGUUUGCAUCUAGCUGGUCAAGAACAUUUAAUAGACUUACUCUUGAAGUUGAUGACUUAGAAGAAAUUGAAGAAAUUAGAAGAUUACGACCUCAAAAUUUAUCACAAGGAAUAAUUCAAGGGCUUAGUGAAUUUGGAAUAAGUUUAUUGGGAGCUGUUGGUGGUUUAGUGAACCAUCCUAUACAAUAUGCUCUUCAAGAAGGUCCAGAAAGAAAAAGAGGAUUUGUUAAUACAAUAGCUAUUGGAUUAGUUGAAGUUUUUACGAAACCUAUAAGUGGAGCUGCGGAAUUAGUGGCAAUGACUGGAGAAGGAUUUUUGGCUGGUGUUGGAUGGAUUAAAACUCCCCAAUUAAGAAAUAUUCCAAAUGAAAAUGAGUUGUACUUUGGUGCAUCUGAACUUAGAUACUCUUGGUUAAUCUUUAACAAUUAUUUAAGUAUCGAUGAUCAAAUCUUCUUAAUAUGUGAUGCCACUAUAGAUAAUUGUCAAUCAGGAAAAAAAUUUUUGGAAAGCACAUUACUUCUCACUAAAAAGUGUUUAUUUUUAAUCAAUGACCCUAAUAACAUAUCUCCAGUUAUUCAACAAUUACCAAUUACUCAUAUUGUAACUCCUUGUAUUAUACAUGAAGAUCCUACAUUGGUUUCUAUUACUAUAUGUAUGCCAACACAAAAUAACACUAUGUAUGGUCGUGUAGCAGAUUUUGUUCGACAAUCUCAAAGCUAUUUAAAUGUAGAAUCAAAAACAGAAAUAGAUGAUUCAGAUAAAACACAAUAUUUGUUAAUGGUCAAUCCUCAAAUUCGUAAUCAUUUGUUAAACUUCAUAGAAUUCCUUAAAAGACAUACACAAAAUAAAGGUUUUACUCUUUUAUAAUUUGAAUGAAAAAUAUAUUAAUUACAAAAUAUUAUUAUUUUAAAUAAUUCAUUAAAAAUACAUCUGUGAUAACUUCAUUUUUUACUUUAAAUUACUCAAUUAUGUGAGU